AUGGUGGCAAGCGGUGAAGCUGCUGGAAGAGCAAUUAGCAGUUGCCAUGGUGAUGACGUGGGGACGUUUCAUGGAGGUCUUCUACGUUUGGAAUCUCACAGUGGGGGGUACCGGAGGGAGGCCGGGAGAAGGCUAGCAGUGGUGGUUGCUGCCUCGGCUGCUGCUGCUGCUGCCUGGAGGGCUGGUGCUGGCAGCAGAGGCAGAGACAGAGACGACGGCGAGCAGUGUUGGGGACGACCACGGCUAGGGACAGGUGGCCACGGCGGCGGCGACGUCGGAGGGUUGCUGGUGUUGCAGCAGUGGAGUCGCCGCUGCUGGGGGGUCUUGCCGGGAGCAGGAGUGGCCGUCGUUGCAGCGGUGGCCGGAGGCUGCGAGGAUGAUGGCUGGAGGUGCGGUUGCAGCUGUGCUGUGCGCUGUGUGUUGCUUCGGAUAGGAGAUGGUGUCUUCCGGAGAUCUGUAGCAAGUGGGGGGUACCGGAGGGAGGCCGGGAGAAGGCUAGCAGUGGUGGUUGCUGCCUCGGCUGCUGCUGCUGCUGCCUGGACUUCUGCUGAACAGAGGGCUGGUGCUGGCAGCAGAGGCAGAGACAGAGACGACGGCGAGCAGUGUUGGGGACGACCACGGCUAGGGACAGGUGGCCACGGCGGCGGCGACGUCGGAGGGUUGCUGGUGUUGCAGCAGUGGAGUCGCCGCUGCUGGGGGGUCUUGCCGGGAGCAGGAGUGGCCGUCGUUGCAGCGGUGGCCGGAGGCUGCGAGGAUGAUGGCUGGAGGUGCGGUUGCAGCUGUGCUGUGCGCUGUGUGCUGUGUGCUGCUUCGGAUAGGAGAUGGUGUCUUCCGGAGAUCUGUAGCAAGGUCUGCUGGUGUCUGGUGAUGUCUGCACGGGCUCGGUUUCGGUGGAGACUGGUGGUUGGCCGAGGAUGA